UCACCUGUCUUCUCCCACGGGCACACGGGUGACGGGUCCGACCGAGCCCGACGAGGGUUUAAAGCCUUUCUUGCUCAGGUCCAACCCCAUCUCGCCGCGAAACCAACGCCCCGCGACGCGAUCUGGCCGCCGAGCAUGGCGACACCGCUCCGCCUCGCCGCGCUCCUCCUCCUCGUCCUCGUCGCGGCCUUCGCCUCCGCCGCGCGCGCUGAUCUCGUCAUCUCCAGGGCGGAUCGGAAGGUUGAUUUGACUUCGCACAUCGUCCGCGUCCUCACUUCGCUCAAGGUUGAAAAUGCCGGCUCCGAGCCUGUCUCUAAAGUCUUGCUGGCUUUUCCCAACAUCCAAGCAAAAAACCUGGCAGCGAUCAGAGCAUUCGGCACUGAGGGAAAAGUGAAGGGUCUCAGUAGUAUUCUUCCGAUUGAAGUUGUUGAGCCUUCUGGUGUUCCCCCAGAACUGACCUUCUUUUCAGCAUCGUUGCACAAACCUUUGACAAAGGGGAAGAUUCUUCACUUAGAUGUCUUGACCGUAUUUACACACUUUCUCCAGCCGUUCCCAGAAGAGAUCACCCAAGCCGAUUCGCAGCUGGUUGUCUUUCAGGAUAGCUCUCACUACCUGUCUCCUUACCCUGUUAAGGUCCAGACGCUUAGUAUCAGAUUGCCUGGUGGAAGGGUUGAAUCAUACACAAAAUAUGGAAACACAAAACUUGUGGAUUCCGAGCUUAAAUAUGGACCGUAUGAAGAUGUUCCCCCGUUUUCCUACAACCCUAUUAUUGUGCACUUUGAGAACAACAACCCAUUUGCAGUUGCAAAGGAACUUAUAAGGGAGGUUGAGAUAUCUCACUGGGGCAAUGUACAGAUUACAGAACAUUACAACAUUGUUCAUGGUGGUGCCAGACUGAAGGGUGAAUUCUCCAGGCUUGACUACCAGUCUAGACCUUAUGCAAGAGGGGUUUCAUCAUUUAGGCAUCUCAUUGCUAGAUUGCCUGCAAGGGCCCACUCUAUUUAUUAUAGAGAUGAAAUCGGUAAUAUUUCAACAUCACACUUAUGGAGUGAUUCUAAGAAGACCCAACUGGAAAUUGAACCGAGGUUUCCCUUGUUUGGUGGUUGGCAAACAACCUUUACCAUUGGUUAUGGUUUACCUCUUCAAGACUUUGUUUUCAGUGCUGAUGGAAAGAGAUUUCUCAAUAUCACAUUUGGUUCUCCAAUGGAGGAGAUUCUCAUAGAAAAGCUCAUCGUAAAGGUCGUUCUACCUGAAGGUUCAAAGGAUAUUGAUGUUUCAGCUCCAUUUCCAACAAAUCAAUGGCAAGAGGUGAAGUAUUCACAUCUUGACAUUGCUGGAAGGCCAGUUCUAGUCUUGGAGAAGCCUGAUGUUAUUCCAGAGCAUAAUUUGCAUUUCCAGGUGUACUACAAAUUCAAUAACAUCUCGUUGCUCAUAGAGCCGAUGAUGUUGAUUACUGGCUUCUUCCUCCUGUUUGUUGCAUGUAUUGCCUACAUGCACACUGACAUGUCAAUCUCUAAGAACUCUCCUUCUUAUCUGGCAAAGCUGCAAUGGGAUGAGGUGCAAGCCACUGUUCAGCAAAUCCAGGGUAUCUUCGGCCAGUGCUUAGCUGUUCAUGAUAAGCUAGAGACAUCAUUGCACGAUUUGUCUAGGACUGGAGAUGCUAAAUCUUGCAAAGCAGCUCGUAAAGCAGCUGAUGCACAGUUGAAGGAAUUAGCGAAAGAGCUGAAGCCACUGUGGUUAUCUGUACAGUCAUCCCCUCAGUCUUAUCAGAUAUGGCCAAAGCUAGAGGACUUGGUUGCGAAGGAGAAGGAGUUGCAGGAGAAGCUCAUGGCAAGGCAUGCCACCGUGGUUGACAGCGUCGAGAAGAAGCAGCGCGGGCAAGACAUAGAAAACCGGAUUGCUUCCCAGCAGCAGAAGAUCGCUGCGCUGAGGCAAGAGGUCGAAUCUCUUCUAGAGUACCUUAGCGAGAUAUGAGCGGACCCCGUCUCGUUCCUAUAUCAUUAGUGAUUAGACUGAAGGUCAUCGUCUGCACUUUUGUGUAGAUGUUGUGUUGGUAACCCAUUAUCCUAGUUCCUGAGGCUAGGUUUUGAAUAGACCGUGUAUAACAUGAUAUAAGCACCGUAAUCAUUUUGGAACUGAUUAGUUUUUUUUGUUUUGCAUCAUGAUAAAAAGAAAUCAUGCGGAACCA